UGUUUUGCCCAACCAUUCAAUCCGUUUUGCAUUUUUUGUAAACAAAUAUUGUUUUUUGAAUCAAUUGAUCGAUACGUUUGAACGCAAGCCAUGGAUCCGAUCGAUACGGAGGUUGUCUUUAAAGUACCACUCAAUACAUCCAAAGAGCACAACGAGAGCGCGAAUACGGCUCAAGAAGUGGUGAGAAGCGGAUCCGCAGCGGAAACCGGCGAAACCAAAACACUCGACACUCCGGCCAUUGUGUCGGAACCGGUGGCCAAACCCGCGGCCACUGGUGUGGUGUCGAAGACAGUAAUGCCGGAACCGAUGACUCGCGUCACACCACCCGAUGGCCAGUACUUUGUGGAUCAGCUGAAGAACGGCGUUAUUGUCGGCCACAAGACGGUCGCGAAGUCGCGUCUGGUGUUCGGUCGGGCCGUAGACUGCGAUGUGGUGUUAGAGCACCCGUCGGUCUCCAGAUAUCACGCCGUCCUUCUGUGGUCACCACUCAAUGACGAGGACUACGUCUCCGGCAAAAAUAAGGACUCGUUUUGUUGGGGUAUCAAUGAUGACACGGACACCGCCGGAGAGGUUACCGGCGAUAGUAUGGCACUGCAGGCCGUGGUUACCGCUAUGAAGAGCGGCGACAGCGAUGGCCAGACGGCCAACGCUAACGUGUAUUCGGCGAAUCCAAACAAAUGCAUACAACAGUGGUUUGAUAGGGAAGGCUAUGACUUGGAGUACAAAUGCGAUACAAUUCACAAUAAGUUUCGGUGCACUCUUGAGCUGCCCAUCGAUGGCCAAUGGAUUCCCGUCGAGGGCUCUCUUCUGCCCAAAAAAAAGGAGGCGAUAACGGAGGCGUGUCUGCGGGGCUGUCAGCUGUUGGAUAAGGCGAAGCUACUGUUCCCGUGGCAACAACAGGAGGCGCUCGAACUGAGGCGCAAACACAACGAAGACAUGGACUUCGAAGUGGACGACAUGAUCGACGAAACCGUCAAAAUAUCGCACAAACGCCUCAAACGGAGCUCUGAGAGCGACGAUAGCGGCGCCAAAGCCGACACAUUCGAGUCGUUGAACCAGAAGUGGUCCGAAAUGAACGACGAGUUGCGCCAAUUGAGGAUCAAAAUGGCGAAUAUCGGCGCUAAAGGCGAUGUCCAGCGACCGAAUCCCGCCCAAGAAUCGGGCGAUUCGCUCGACGACUAUAUGGCGGCCAUUGAACGGCCGAAAUACGGACUCACUAUGAAUGACAAAAUUGAGAAAUCAAAGGUCAAAAUGAAGAUUAAUUUACUCGAGAAAGAGCAGCAAAAGGUGGAGAAAUUGAUUAAAUUGGCCAAACCUUCGGUCGAGUUUGAACCCAUAGUUCCCGCCCUCCCGGCCGUCGAUAUCAGCACUAAAACAGAGACCAUUGCAUCCAUUGUUGACAGUUGUGUUAAAACCGGUGUUAAAUCGGAGACAAUUGUCACUAAACAAAGUGCCGGCCAAACAAGUAAUGCAGAAAUUGUUGAUAAAUCUGCUCCUAAAGAGACCAAAGAAGAAGCGGUGAAACGAAAGACUGAAACAAUAAUUAAUGAAUUGAAGAGUUCGGCGAAACCGAAAGCGGAGUCCAAAGUGAAGCGUAAACUCAAUUCGCAGAGUAUUGUCGAUGCGAUCGAAAAGGAGAAACAGUUGGAAAAGACUAAACAAAAGGCCACUUAUGAUAGCGAUUAUGUCGAUUGGUUGCCACCGACGGGACAGUUGGGCGACGGAAAGACAACCCUCAACGACAAGUUUGGAUAUUAAAGUCACUAAUUUGUGUACAUUUACAUCUAUUUUUAACUCGU